AUGCCAAGUUGGAACCAUUUACCAGUGGAAAUCAAACAGCAUGUCGUCAAAAAGUUGGACUUCAUGAGCAGACACUCACUGAGAAAUACUUCUUACUGUGACCGUCUCAUUGUCAAUUCCACAUCUAUUAUAUUGCCACGUGUCCGAUUUGGCUACAAAAAUGGGAGAUGCCUGAUUUUGAUUUAUACGGGAAUCGACAAGUUUUUGAGGAUUGAGUUUGAGAUACAGAAAAAUGGAACUCUUGUUCACAAAUCUGAAAAUAGUUGGGCCUCAAAAGACACCUCGAAGAAACUAAUGUCUCCCUCUGAUCCUUUCCCAGUUGCAAUUCAAGUGCUCAAAAGUGUUCUUGCUCAUAAAUCCAUACUCAUCAACGCAAUGGAAUGGGAAUUCUCUCUUAAAGAUCUCGACAAAAAAGUCCAAAACUCUGUAAUCAAACUUCUAGGGGGCGCAAAGUUUCGAGUUAUUGAAAUGGUUCCAACACUGCUUACCUGGAAUUGCUUGGUCGAUUUUUCCGAGAGUGUGGCUCACGAUGAAGAUUUAAAGUCGAUUAGACGACUCAGAAUGUAUGCAGCCAUUAAAUAUUGUAAUCCUGUAUCGGCGUAUGAGAAAACUCAAUUUGUGAGGGGAAAGCAUUUGUACGACACAAUUCUUGACAUGGCGCUACCUUCUAAUAUAACUGAAAAAUUUCAAAAUUGUCUGAUGGAGCACCCAGAGAACUCACCAGACGAUCUGCUGCAAAAGUUAAUGAUGUUUCAUAAAAGCCAUCCAGUUGGAACUGCUCGUGAGUUACUGGAUGAGACACUGAUUUGUUGGUCUCGUAAAUCGGAAUGUGGACGGUGGGUGUAUGUCAUGGAUGUGAAAUAUGAGGAGCGGCGAAAUGCUCCUUUCGAGACCAUUCAAUGUGGACUCGGCCCAUUCUGCAGACGAUGCUCGGAUCCAUUCGACUACUGGUACUAUCACGAUUUGCCACGUCGUAUUCUCAAUGAAAAUUUUUUGGAUGAGAUUAUCAUCAAUAGAAAUGACACAGAAGUCCGAGAAAUAUUACCGAUGUUGUAUGCCAGAGAGGAAAAAGAAAAAAUAUCGAUUCUUUCAAAUGGGGUAAGGCGUGAACUCGAAGUCUCAUCAUGGGGAUUCAAAAGGGAUACUUUUUCGAUAGAUAAGAAGAAGCGGAAGAAAAAAUACACUGAAGACAUCAAAAAGGCAGAAGUCGUGAAGUUAACUCCAGAAGACACGAUUUCUGAAAAACAAGACAUCAGUGGUAUUCUUCAAAGCAUCGUAACCGCAAUUGUAUUCCCGAUUUCUGUUUCUUUUAUUUUCUACGUAAUUAUCUCUCUGUUUUAA